AUGGUCCGUUUCGGGGACGAGCUGCCCGGGCGCUAUGGAGGAGCGGGCCCGGCGAGCGGCGGCCGGGGUGGCGGUGGGGCCGGGGCCGGGCCCGGGGGCCUGCAGCCGGGCCAGCGGGUGCUCUACAAACAGUCCAUCGCGCAGCGGGCCCGGACCAUGGCCCUGUACAACCCCAUCCCCGUCAAGCAAAACUGCUUCACCGUCAACCGUUCGCUCUUCAUCUUCAGCGAGGACAACGUCGUCCGCAGAUACGCCAAGCGCGUCACAGAAUGGCCUCCUUUUGAGUACAUGAUCCUGGCCACUAUCAUUGCCAAUUGUAUUGUCUUAGCUCUGGAGCAACACCUUCCUGAUGGAGACAAGACUCCCAUGUCUGAGAGGCUGGAUGACACUGAACCCUAUUUCAUCGGGAUAUUUUGUUUUGAGGCUGGGAUCAAAAUCAUCGCCUUGGGCUUCGUUUUCCACAAGGGUUCAUACCUGAGGAAUGGCUGGAACGUGAUGGAUUUCGUUGUAGUCCUCACAGGGAUCCUGGCCACAGCUGGCACUGAGUUUGACCUCCGCACCCUGAGAGCUGUGAGAGUGUUAAGACCAUUGAAGUUGGUAUCAGGGAUUCCAAGCCUCCAGGUUGUGCUAAAGUCCAUCAUGAAAGCCAUGGUGCCCCUGCUGCAGAUUGGCCUCCUGCUCUUCUUUGCCAUAGUCAUGUUUGCCAUCAUUGGACUUGAGUUUUACAUGGGCAAGUUCCACAAAGCCUGCUUCCCCAAUAACACAGACUCAGAUCCUGUAGGAGACUUCCCCUGCGGCACUGAUGCCUCAGCCCGACAGUGUGAGAAUGGCUACGUUUGCCGAGAAUACUGGCGUGGACCCAAUUUUGGCAUUACCAACUUUGACAACAUCCUGUUUGCAAUCCUGACUGUGUUCCAAUGUAUCACGAUGGAGGGCUGGACAGAUAUCCUCUACAAUACUAAUGAUGCAGCAGGAAAUACCUGGAACUGGCUUUAUUUCAUCCCUCUUAUCAUCAUUGGAUCUUUCUUCAUGCUCAACCUGGUUCUGGGAGUGCUCUCAGGGGAAUUUGCCAAAGAGAGAGAGAGGGUAGAAAACCGCCGGGCCUUUCUGAAGCUCCGCCGGCAGCAACAGAUUGAACGGGAGCUUAAUGGUUACUUGGAGUGGAUCUUCAAGGCCGAGGAGGUCAUGUUGGCAGAAGAGGACAAGAAUGCAGAUGAGAAGUCCCCUUUGGAUGUGCUGAAGAGAGCAGCCACCAAGAAGAGUAAGAAUGACUUGAUCCAUGCAGAAGAAGGGGACGAUCGCUUUGCGGACCUUUGUUCUGUCGGUUCACCAUUUGCUCGAGCUAGUCUGAAGAGUGGAAAGAAUGACAGCUCCUCCUAUUUCCGAAGGAAAGAGAAGAUGUUUCGCUUCUUCAUACGCCGCAUGGUGAAAGCCCAGACCUUCUACUGGAUUGUGCUCUGUGUCGUGGCGUUGAACACACUGUGUGUGGCCAUGGUACACUAUCACCAGCCCCAGAGGCUCACCAAUGCUCUGUAUUUCGCAGAGUUUGUUUUCCUGGGGCUUUUCCUCACUGAGAUGUCUCUGAAGAUGUAUGGCCUGGGACCCAGAAAUUAUUUCCAUUCGUCCUUCAACUGCUUUGACUUUGGGGUCAUUGUUGGAAGCAUCUUUGAAGUCAUCUGGGCAGCGAUCAAGCCAGGGACUUCAUUUGGUAUCAGUGUGCUGAGGGCUCUCCGGCUGCUGAGGAUUUUCAAAGUCACAAAGUACUGGAAUUCCCUUCGGAACCUGGUGGUCUCCCUGCUGAACUCCAUGAAAUCCAUCAUCAGCCUGCUCUUCCUUCUCUUCCUGUUCAUUGUGGUGUUCGCUCUGCUGGGGAUGCAGCUCUUUGGAGGACAGUUCAAUUUUAGAGAUGAGACCCCGAACACCAACUUUGAUACUUUUCCAGCUGCAAUUCUCACUGUAUUCCAGAUCCUGACAGGAGAAGACUGGAAUGUGGUGAUGUAUCACGGGAUCGAAUCCCAAGGUGGAGUCAGCAAAGGAAUGUUCUCCUCUUUCUAUUUCAUUAUCUUGACGCUGUUUGGAAACUACACCCUUCUGAAUGUCUUCCUGGCUAUUGCUGUGGACAAUCUUGCCAAUGCUCAGGAACUGACCAAGGAUGAGGAAGAAUUGGAGGAAGCUGCCAAUCAGAAGCUUGCUUUGCAGAAGGCCAAAGAGGUCGCUGAAGUCAGCCCCCUGUCUGCUGCCAACAUCUCCAUAGCAGCCAAGCAGCAGAACUCGGCCAAGGCCAGGUCUGUGUGGGAGCAGCGCACAAGUCAGAUCCGUCUACACAAUUUCCAGGCCAGCUGUGAAGCCCUGUACAGUGAGAUGGACCCUGAGGAGCGCCUCCGCUACACCACCACCCGCCACAUCCGUCCUGACAUGAAGACUCACCUGGAUCGACCCCUGGUGGUGGAGCCCCGUAGAGAAGAAGGGGUCCGGGCCCCAGGGGGCAAAGCAGGGGCUGGGGAGGGGCCGGAGGCCACAGAGCCAACCAAAGUGUCCCCUAGCACGGCUCCUGAGGGCCCUGAGAUGCCCCGCAAGCACCACCGGCACAGGGAGAAGGAAAAGGAGAAAGAAAAAGAAAAGGCAGGGGCUGGGGAACAGGAGAAGGCAGAGGGUGUCAGGGAAGAAAAUGGGGAGUCGGGCGUUGCCAAUAAAGAAGAACGGCACCGGCAGCGCCGGAGCAGAAGCAAAGAGACUGCGGGCAAUAAAGAAGGGAAAUGUGAACGUUCCCGGGGCCAGGAAGGCGGCCGGAGGCACCACCGCCGGGGUUCUGUGGAGGAUGUCGCUACUGAAAAGGAGCAUCGGCGGCACCGUGCCCACCGGCACUCGGCAGAGCCACCGGGCAAGGAAGGCAAUGGCACCGUCGCUGGGGCCAAGCCCGAGCGUCGGGCACGGCAUCGGGGUGGCUCCCGCUCAGGGACCCGGGAAGGAGAGCCUGGGCCCAAGGGAGAGAACGGAGAGGAGCCGCCCCGGAGGCACAAGACCAGGCACAAAGCCCUGUCCAUGUAUGACUCGGUGGAAAAGGAACCAGGAGAGAAGGAUGGGGAGCCUGCGGAGAAAGAGCUGCGGAAUCAUCAGCCCAAGGAAAAUCAAUGUGAGGCGGAGGCCAGUGGUGGGAUGGUGGCCAUCCCCAUUCAUACACUGCCCAGUACCUGUCUGCAGAAGGUGAGCGAGCAGCCAGAGGAUGCAGAUAACCAGAAGAAUGUGCACCGCAUGACUCAGCCAUCCCUGGAGACCCUCACCAUACGCAUCCCAGUAACCCUGACUGCCCCUGGAGAGACCACAGUUGUUCCAAUGAACAAUGUUGACUUUGAAGGCAAAGUGGAAGAGAAGAAGGACGUGGAGGCCGGUGAUGCGACAAGGAGUGGACCCCGCCCAAUUCUCCCCUAUAGCUCCAUGUUCUGCUUAAGUCCCACCAACCUGCUCCGGCGUGCUUGCCACUACAUAGUGAAUAUGCGUUACUUUGAAAUGGUCAUCCUUGGGGUCAUCGCCCUCAGCAGCAUUGCCCUGGCUGCUGAGGAUCCGGUACUGGCCGACUCGCCCAGGAACAAUGUUCUCAAGUACAUGGAUUACAUUUUCACUGGGGUCUUCACCUUCGAGAUGGUAAUCAAGAUGAUUGACCUGGGGCUGCUGCUUCAUCCUGGCUCUUAUUUCCGUGACCUGUGGAACAUUCUGGACUUCAUUGUGGUCAGUGGGGCCCUGGUGGCUUUUGCCUUCUCAGGAAAAGGGAAAGACAUCAGCACGAUCAAGUCACUGCGAGUGCUCCGAGUCCUGAGGCCUCUGAAGACCAUCAAACGCUUGCCAAAACUAAAGGCUGUGUUUGACUGUGUGGUAAAUUCCCUGAAGAAUGUCCUCAAUAUCCUCAUUGUCUACAUGCUCUUCAUGUUCAUCUUUGCCGUCAUUGCUGUGCAGCUCUUCAAAGGAAAAUUCUUCUAUUGCACAGAUGAAUCCAAAGAGCUGCAGAGGGAUUGCAGGGGUCAGUAUUUGGACUAUGAAAAGGACGAAGUGGAAGCUCAACCCAGGCAAUGGAAGAAGUACGACUUUCACUACGACAACGUGCUCUGGGCCUUGCUGACUCUUUUCACAGUAUCAACAGGAGAAGGGUGGCCAACGGUACUAAAACAUUCAGUGGAUGCAACAUAUGAAGAACAGGGUCCAAGCCCUGGCUUCCGGAUGGAGCUGUCCAUCUUCUAUGUGGUCUACUUUGUUGUGUUUCCCUUUUUCUUCGUCAACAUCUUUGUGGCAUUGAUCAUCAUCACCUUCCAGGAGCAGGGAGACAAAGUGAUGUCAGAAUGCAGCCUGGAGAAGAAUGAGAGGGCUUGCAUAGACUUUGCCAUCAGUGCCAAGCCCCUGACCCGUUACAUGCCUCAGAACAAGCAGUCCUUCCAGUACAAGACGUGGACGUUUGUGGUGUCCCCGCCCUUUGAGUAUUUCAUCAUGGCCAUGAUUGCCCUCAACACGGCUGUCCUGAUGAUGAAGUUCUAUGGCGCCCCCUAUGAGUAUGAAAUGAUGCUGAAGGGCUUGAACAUUGUAUUCACUUCGAUGUUCUCUAUGGAGUGUGUACUGAAGAUCAUCGCCUUUGGGGUGCUGAAUUAUUUCAGAGAUGCCUGGAAUGUUUUUGAUUUUGUAACAGUAUUGGGAAGUAUUACUGAUAUUUUAGUAACAGAGAUUGCGGAAACGAACAACUUCAUCAACCUGAGCUUCCUGCGGCUCUUCCGGGCGGCGAGACUCAUCAAGCUGCUUCGCCAGGGCUACACCAUUCGCAUUCUCCUGUGGACCUUCGUUCAGUCCUUCAAGGCUCUGCCAUAUGUCUGCUUACUGAUUGCCAUGCUAUUCUUCAUCUAUGCCAUCAUUGGCAUGCAGGUCUUUGGAAACAUUGCUCUUGAUGAUGAAACUAAUAUUAAUCGGCACAACAACUUCCAGACAUUCCUGCAAGCCUUGAUGUUGCUAUUCAGGAGUGCCACAGGAGAAGCCUGGCAUGAGAUCAUGUUGUCGUGUCUCAGCAACCGUCCCUGUGACCCGGACACCAAACUAAAAGAUGAAUGUGGGAGUGACUUUGCUUAUUUUUACUUCGUCUCCUUCAUCUUCCUCUGUUCUUUUCUGAUGCUGAAUCUCUUUGUGGCUGUGAUUAUGGAUAAUUUUGAGUACCUGACUCGAGACUCUUCCAUCCUAGGGCCUCACCACCUGGAUGAAUUUAUUCGGGUCUGGGCUGAAUAUGACCCAGCUGCAUGUGGGCGCAUCAGUUACAGUGACAUGUUUGAGAUGCUGAAACACAUGUCCCCACCCCUCGGCCUGGGAAAGAAAUGCCCUGCUCGAGUUGCCUAUAAGCGCCUGGUGCGAAUGAACAUGCCCAUUUCCAAUGAGGACAUGACUGUACACUUCACUUCCACCUUGAUGGCCCUCAUCCGGACAGCUCUGGACAUCAAACUUGCACCAGCUGGGAUGAAACAGCAUCAGUGUGAUGCAGAACUGAGGAAAGAGAUUUCAUCUGUUUGGGCUAAUCUUCCCCAGAAGACACUGGACUUGUUGGUGCCACCACAUAAACCUGAUGAGAUGACUGUGGGAAAAGUCUACGCAGCUCUGAUGAUUUUUGACUUCUACAAGCAGAAUAAAAACACCCGAGACCAAGGUCACCAGCCUCCGGUAGGCAUAUCGCAGACAGGUCCUGUGUCUCUGUUCCACACCCAAGGCCAACCUGCUGUGCUCCGAGGUGCUAGAGUGUUCUUGAAACAGAAGAGUUCGACCUCUCUCAGCAAUGGUGGAGCCUUACCACACCCAGGGAGUGGCAUCAAGGAAUCUGUCUCAUGGGGCACCCAGCGCACCCAGGAUGUCUGCUAUGAGACCAGAAUGCCCCUAGAGCGUGGUCAUUCUGCAGAAAUUCCUGUGGGACAACCCAGCAAACAAGUGAGGACUGUGGAGAUGCAAGAGAUGGCCCAGGACGUCACCAGCGGUGAUCCCCAGCCUGGGCUGGAGAGCCAGGGCCGAGCAGCCUCCAUGCCCCGCCUGGCCGCAGAGAUGCAGCCCAUUCCAGACACAAGCCCCAUGAAGCGUUCCAUCUCCACCCUGGCCCCACAGCGCCCACAUGGCUCACACCUUUAUGAAUAUGGCCUGGAACGUGUGUCUUCAGGCCAGCCUCAGCAUCACCAUCAUCAUCGCUGUCACCGGCGCAGGGAUAAGAAACAGAAGUCUUUGGAUAAAUGUCCUAGUCAGUCAGCAGAUGGAGAUGGGGCACCAAACCACAGCAUGGGGACGACAGCUCCGUCAGGAGAAGCUCCAUCAGCCCCAUGUAAGCAUGAAAGGAAGCAAGAAAGAGGGCGGUCCCAGGAGCGGAAGCAGCUCUCUUCCUCCUCUUCAGAGAAACAGCGUUUCUAUUCUUGUGACCGAUUUGGGAGUCGGGACCCAUCGCAGCCCAAAUCCUCCAGUGGGAGUCGUCCCACAUCACCUCCUGGGGGGCAGGAGCAAGGUCCCCAUAGACAGGGUAGUGGUUCAGUUAAUGGGAGCCCCUUGCUGUCAACAUCUGGUGCUAGUACACCGGGCCGUGGUGGGAGGAGGCAGCUCCCCCAGACACCUCUGACCCCCCGUCCCAGCAUCACAUACAAGACUGCGAACUCCUCGCCUGUCCACUUCACCGGUUUCCAGACCAGCCUACCCACCUUCUCCCCGGGACGGCUCAGUCGAGGCCUUUCUGAGCACAACACCCUGCUUCAGAGGGAUUCUCUGAGCCAGCCGCCAACCCCAGUGUCUCGGAUUGGCUCUGACCCCUAUCUGGGGCACCGUGACCACAGUGAUUCCUCUUACCGGGCCCUACCGGAGGACACACUCACUUUUGAGGAAGCCGUCGCUACCAACUCGGGCCGCUCAUCGAGGACUUCUUAUGUGUCCUCUCUGACAUCCCAGUCCCACCAUCUCCGUCGUGUGCCCAAUGGUUACCACUGCAGUCUGGGGCUCAGCUCCGGCCCAGGGCCUGGCAGCAGCAGGGCACGGCAGAGUUAUUAUCACCAAGCCGAUGAAGACGACUGGUGCUAGCAUCCCGGCAAAAACACACAGCACACACCCAACCUGGCAGGUCUGUGUGUGUUACAGUUGAUGAGUUUUAUCAUCUGAAGGCUGGGUCCCUCCCUCCUCCAAACCCGGGCAUGCUCGGGACUGCAGAGGCAAUUAGCAUGAUGACACGGAAGGAGCUUGCCCCCAAGACUGCUCUUUGGGGGAUAUCUGCUGCUCUUCUAUGUCCC